AGGGGGAGGAGCAGAAAGCAGAGAAGCACGCGCAGACGCACGGGCACGGACCUCCGGUGGAUCACGGAGCCUCCACCGCCUCUGCGCAGCUGCAGCCGGUAUCAGAAGCAGUACGGUCGGCCUAACAUCGGAACUAUGGCCGACGAUGGAGCUCCAUCCACGGCCUGCACAGGCUCCAGCCUUCUGCAGCCGCUCAGCGAGCUCACCGACCUGCCGCUGGACCAGGUGAACUUCGUAGCGUGCCAGCUCUGCGCUCUGAUCUCCGCCUUCUGGUUUCGUCUCUUCCUCCAUCCCAGUAAGACCAGUCCCAUCAUCCGGCACGUGGUGGCCACGCUGCUGGGACUCUAUUUUGCCAUGUUCUGCUUCGGCUGGUAUGCUCUCCACUUCCUGGUUCAGAGCGGACUCACCUACGGCAUCAUGAUCCUCACCGGAGUCGAACACAUGCACAAGUACUGCCUAGUGGUGGCGCUCACAUACCUGAGUCUGUGUCAGAUCACUCGAGUGUACGUCUUUGACUACGGCAUGUACACCGCCGAUUUCACAGGCCCCAUGAUGGUCAUCACUCAGAAGAUCACCAGUCUGGCAUUUGAGAUCCAUGACGGAAUGGCUCGGAAGGAGGAACAUCUGACGGCGGGACAGAAGAUUCUGGCAAUAAGGAGAAUGCCCAGUCUGCUGGAGUACUUCAGCUACAACUGUAACUUCAUGGGGAUCCUGGCUGGCCCCACCUGCUCCUACAACGACUACAUCGGCUUCAUCGAGGGAGCCCCUCGACGCUGCAGAGACUACAAGGAUGAAAGGAAGUCCAGCAGCAAGCUGAGGCACAGUGAGCCCUCCCCAAACAUGGAGGUCGUACGUAAGGUCACCACCUCCUUCUUCUGCCUGCUGGUGUUUCUGUCAGUGUGUAAGGUUUUCCCAGUGGAGCGAAACAUCGACGACAACUUCAUUGCCAACACACCUUUCUAUGCUCAAGUGGUUUACCUGUACCUGUCCAUGCUGACUACCAGACCCAAGUACUACUUCGUCUGGACGCUUGCUGACGCCAUCAACAACGCCGCCGGUUUUGGCUUCAAUGGUUACGACAGUGACGGCUCUGCUCGCUGGGACCUCAUCUCCAAUCUGAGGAUCCUGAAGAUUGAGUUUGCCACCAGCUUCAAAGUUUUCCUGGACAACUGGAACAUUCAGACAGCACACUGGCUCAAAAGGGUGUGUUAUGAGCGAUGUCCCUACCAUCCGACAGCAGCCACCUUCAUCCUGUCAGCCAUGUGGCACGGAGCCUAUCCAGGAUAUUACCUCACCUUCCUCACAGGGAUCGUCAUCACGCUGGCAGCCAGAGCGGUCAGACACAACGUUCGACCAUACUUCCUGCACUCCUCCGUACACAAAUUGGUCUAUGAUGUCAUCACGUGGGCAGCCACUCAGAUUGCCAUCUGCUACACAGUGAUACCUUUUGUCUUGCUGUCUGUGGGUCCAUCCAUGAAGUUCUACAGUUCCUGGUACUUUAGCCUCCACAUCGGCUGCAUUCUGGUCGCAUUCGUGCUGCCCGUCAAACGGAGGAAUCUCCCUCUCAAAGACCAGCAGAAGAGCCCAGUGCAGGAAUCGUUUCAGCGCCACCUAGAGGCUACAGACAGGACCUGCAGCCAGAAGGCGAAAACCACAUGAGACAGAGGACAGAGAGCGAUGAUGUGACAUCAUGCAUUACAUGGACGUGUACAGAAAGUGGGCAGACGGAGCUUCCUGCUGGCUGGGUACAGAAACAUGAUGACGAUUACUUGGAGUCAUAGGGGGGGGGGGUAUGGAAACAGGCCCCGUGUUGUCUUCAAAAGGAUUCGUGACUGCUCAGAUUCAGACAGAUGUGUGGUGACGGAGGAUUCAUGUGUAUAAAUACAUACAGUGUAAGUUGACAUGGAGCUGCUGUGUGGGAAGCUGAGCUGCCCCAAACUCUCAUGAUCACCUGUGUAGUGUUUCUUUGUGGUUAAACACCUGCUGACUGUUCAUCUGCAAGGAAGAAGAACAAAGGAAGGACGGGAAGAGUGGCUGGAUGAGUGAAGCAUGCACAAAUGGAAGUCAGGCAGGUUAAACCACAGCAUGACAGUGUUCACAGGGGCCGAUAAAGGUCCACUCAGCAGUCUUACCCGUUUGGGUUUUUGCAGGUGUUACCUGGAGAGGGUGGCAUCACGUUUACAUUAGCAGAUGUCUGAAUCAGGUGAUUUAUGUCAUUUCAUUCCAAGCAGUCAGGUGUUUGCAGAUUUAGCUCGAAGAUUAAAUGAACUGAAAGAUCAGUAAGGGUCAUGUGAUCAUCUUUCACGUUAAAGGAGAACCAUUGAGCUAACCUGCAGCUCUACUCAGCUGUAUUACCCUCCUAUGAUUCAAAAAUAAUAAAAUUUAAAAAAAACAACUUUACUUUAUUUAACUCUGGCUUCUCAGCUCAAUAAACUCUUUUAGCUCCUCUCUCUUUAAAGUCAUCCUUCUUUAAAAUCCCACUUCCUUCUGAUUGGCCAGCUUCUGAAAACCCAUUGAGGGGCAGCACUCUGUACCUGUGAGCUGUGCUGCCCACAGGAGAUGACCACAUAAAGAAAUCUAAUGUAAUGAUAAAAAUAUAGAACAGCGUUGAAGCUGAGUGCUAAGAGCAGGCUUGAGACUAGAUUACUUUACGUUGGGUUACUUUAGAUUACUCUGGAUUACGUUCACAUGCUAGUGUUAUUACUUUGACCUUGGGCCAUGUUUCGUAUGAACACAUGCUAAUAUUAUGUAAGAAAAUAAAGAAAGUGCUUCGGGUUGGGUUCAUCGUGGUUCUGUAGUCUGGUCUUCGGAUCUAGGAGGACGUUCCGACAGGAAGUGCUAUGCGUUUACUGCUGUGUGUUUUUGUAAACUGAGGAAAACACAUUUCUGUUUCCUGUUGCCAUAUUUGUAUCGUCAGUGUUGUUCCUGGUGGAGAUGUUCUGGGACACAGACACCUCUCUGUGGGCUUCAUGGUUUUGUAAAUGUGAAAUAAAGCUGAUUUUUGACACCUGA